UGUUGUGCAACUCCAGUUGUUGUUAUUGUGGGGUGUUUUGAAAAUGCAGCAGCUACGAAAUGCCGUGGUGCACGGUUGGGCUAGAAGGAUAAGGGCCCCAUCGAGAAGUGCCCACAGUGCCGGUGCCGAUAUCUACGACGUGGUGGUCAUCGGAGGCGGACAUGCCGGAACAGAGGCCUCGGCGGCAGCUGCUCGCAUGGGAUCACGCACCCUGCUGCUAACCCACAAACUGGAGACUAUUGGCGAGAUGUCCUGCAACCCGUCGUUCGGUGGCAUUGGCAAGGGUCACCUGAUGCGCGAGGUGGAUGCCCUGGAUGGCGUAUGUGCCCGCUGCUGCGAUGUUUCCGGAGUACACUACAAGGUGCUCAAUAGACGGCGCGGUCCAGCUGUUUGGGGGCCCAGGGCGCAGAUCGAUCGCCAGCUGUACAAAAAGGCUGUGCAGCAGGAACUGCACAGCACCCCCAAUCUGGAGAUUCGAGCAGCCGCUGUGGACAACCUGCUGAUAGAGGAUGAACAGGAUACCCAAGCCCGCCGUUGUACCGGCGUCCUUUUGGCCAACGGAGAAGUGGUACGUAGUCGAUCCGUGGUACUCACCACGGGAACAUUCCUGCGGGCACACAUAAACAUCGGACUCGAGGUGCGACCGGCCGGCCGAAUUGGAGACGCUCCAGCCAAAGCGCUGGGCGAGGCGAUCGACAGAUUAGGUUUUCGCAUGGGGAGGCUGAAAACUGGAACUCCGCCUAGAAUAGCAAAGGACAGUGUGGAUUUCUCACAGCUCCAAAGGCACGAAGGUGAUGAUCCGCCUAUGCCUUUCUCCUUUCUCAACAAAGACGUUUGGCUACCCGCCAAGGACCAACUACCCUGCUACCUUACCUACACCACACCAAAAGUCAGCGACAUUGUGCGCGACAAUCUUCAUGUAAAUCGCCAUGUCACCGAGGAGAUUACCGGCCCACGCUACUGCCCCUCGAUUGAGUCCAAGAUCCUGAGGUUCGGCGCGAAGGUACAUCAGGUGUGGUUAGAGCCAGAAGGUCUGGACAGUUCCUUAGUGUAUCCCCAAGGAAUCUCCUGCACGCUGCCCCACGAUCAGCAAGUAGAGCUGGUCCAUGCCAUCCAAGGUCUGGAAAAGGCGGUAGUUGUCCAGCCCGGUUAUGGCGUGGAGUACGACUUCAUAGACCCCCGUGAGUUGUAUCCCACACUGGAGACGAAACGAGUGCCAGGACUCUUCUUUGCUGGCCAGAUAAAUGGAACUACGGGCUAUGAAGAAGCAGCCGCUCAGGGCAUCAUAGCUGGUGCCAAUGCAGCUGGAAAAACCAGGCAUAGCGAUGGAAGGCAACUAACCAUAAGUCGAACUGAGGGCUACAUAGGCGUGUUGAUCGAUGACCUGACUUCGUUAGGCACAAAUGAACCCUACCGCAUGUUUACAAGUCGGGCAGAGUUUCGGUUGUCACUUCGUCCGGACAAUGCCGACAUGCGUCUCACACAAAAGGGCUACGAAUUUGGACUUGUAUCUUCAGAUCGCUACCAGCACUUCCAGCAAACCGAGGCGAGAUUGCAAUCGGCCAUUGAGUCCUUGCGGCGAUUGCGGAAGCACACUCAUUACUGGCGACAAGCACUCAAUCUGCCCAAGGCCAAAGCUUCGGUGGAGAAAUCGGCUUUCGACAUGCUGGGAAUUCCAGCAGAUAACAUCACUAUCGAGCAGCUAAUCCAUCUUCAUCCCAACGAACUGAGCUGGCUUAAAGGCGAGCGAAAUCUGGCCGAAAGGCUGAAAAUAGAGGCACUGUAUUCGUUCUUUGUCGAUGAACAGCAACGAGAUGUGGAGGAUGUACGGCGUGAGGAGCGCCUGUCCAUUCCCGCCGACAUUGAUUACUUCUCAAAGUCCCUAAGCUUGUCCAACGAGGAGCGACAGAAGCUGACGCUCAUCCAGCCACAGACAAUUGCGGCGGCUAGUAGAAUUCAAGGAGUGACUCCAUCGACAAUUGUAAGGAUUCUUAAAUACGUUAAAAAAGCGGAGCUAGCAAAAGCCUAGGUUACGAUUAUGUAAAAAUAUAUGUAAUAUUUGAUCGCAGAGUCCCAAACCAAAAAAGAACUUGCAAAGU